AACUACAGUUUUUGAAAACAAUAUACUUUGAUUUUUAAAGAACGGAACUGGCCAGAGAAGCAUCAUGCCUUUUACUCCGACGACCUUCUCGACGUCAUACGAGUUCCCUAUCCUUAGUCCUCCAGAUGUCGCUCCCGGCACUCGUGUCGUGGGAAUCUGUGGUAUAUCUUCUGUACGUGACGAAAAUGGAGCUGUACCGUCAGAUCCAUCAAAAGACGGCUGGUAUCAUGCACAGUUCUAUCUCUUGCAUCAACUAUUGAGGGAGCAGGGCGUCCAGCAGAAGUGGAUAACAUCUGUCUCUCCUGACUGUAUAGUUGAUAACUACAGUCAACUCACAUAUCCGGAUAUAAAGGGAACUCGUAGAAUUGUUCUCGACAGGACUAUGAUCCAACGUGGAUACAUGAACGAUGUGAAGGUUGUUAACCCAAAAUCCCUUCGCGAUGAGCUCAAAGACACGCUAGACAUCGAGGUGCAGGAUGGGAUGGAAUACCGAGAACCUAUUUUAUUAAUAGUGAUCGGACACGGAUCCAUGAAAGACGGAGGGAUCCAUCUUCACAACCGCACGUUCAAUUCGGAGCAAUUUCGCCUUUGGACCAUGGGUGCCGUCAACGCCGGGCUAGUGACGCCGAAUCCAUUCACUGGUAGGGAAGGAGGCUGGCUGGUCGUACCUUCCCGACUUCUUAUGAAUCGCCCACUGAACUGUGACGGUCGAGGUAAAACAUGUGGGAGUGUGUGGAUGAUCGAAGUCCUGAACUCUCCAGCCUUCAAGGAGCUCAUGACCCCUAGAGAUCCCAGCGACAAGAGAAUGGAAGAGAGACUCGUACCAGAGUUGAUUAAUGCUGUGUAUGAUUCACUCAUCGGCGGGCGCGUCAAAUGCGGGGGGGUAGAUUUCGACCCCGACACCGACGCAUGGGAAAUAGACUUUCGCAGACGUCGGAGCAAGCCGCUGUACAAGUUGGAAGAAGCCUGGUACUCCCUCCGCAGCCUCUCUCCAGGUGAACUGCCCUCGGUGUCUUCGUCUUCUCUUCUCGCUCUGCCCACCAAUCCUGUCAGCGGCGAACUUCCUGCGGAACUGCUCAACAGGCUGGAAAACCUAGCGGGGUCUUCUCAGUCUCAACAAACUACAGACUACACUGUGUCAACCCGUCGAAAAUUAUUGCCACUUAUAGACGCAUACCGACGCUCUCUGCCAGGCUUGGCAGAUGAUCACUCAGAGGCACUGCUCAGUACUUUGAUCCAUAAAGUAGAGGAUAACCCAGAUGUCUGUCUCUCCCGACUCCGUAGGGUGACCGCACAUCUCGAGUACCGCUUUCACCUCAUGGAGCUGGCCGAUCGCUAUGUCUCUUGUCUGGAUCUACAAGAACAAGGGCGUAGUUGCAGCGGCUUCGAUAUGGAGAAAUGGAAAAGAGAACAGCCGCGUGAGCAGGUGGAUCGGCUCGAGAAGGUUGUUCGGAUACUCGCGUCGAGGUUUGUGUUUCCGGCCACUAUUUUGGAGAAGCAGGGAAAGGUGUUCCCAAAGCCGUGGGAGUAUCUUGCCAUGGUGAUGAUGGAGAGGGGAGGUACCUCGCGCGAGUUUGAAAGGGAUCUUGAGGUGAUAUUAAAUUUUCGCAAAGACAGGAUACGAGCUGCUACGAUGGCUGCUUUGAAAGAUAAAAGAGUUGAAGAAGCCAUGAGAAAGAUCGAUCGGCAUAUUAAAGAUACCCUUGAAGAUGAUAGCGAUGGCAGAGCCAGUUUGUUUGAUGGUGAUUUGUGGGUGAUUGUUCAAAAGGAUUAAAGCAGGAUCGAGCGUUGAUAAUAAACUGGAAUGUUACAGCACCUAAUAAAUGUUGUUCUAUAUGGCUUACGAUAUUGAAACAACAGGC